AUGACAUGCAGAAUACUAGCAAACUGGGACAACGAAGAAUACGGCCUGGUCGGCUCUACCGAAUGGGGCGAACACCACCAGGAUGAUUUAAGCAAGAACUGUGUUGCCUACCUUAAUGUUGACGAGGCGACCAAUGGUGGGACGAUCCUUGGCGCGACAGGUAGUCCUCUUCUUGCAAGCGUGCUUCGUGAUGUUACUCGCAUGGUCCAAUCGCCGAUCAACGAGAAUCGAACAGUCUAUGAUGACUGGCUGAGCGACCAAAAGCGAGCCAACCCAGAGCAGGUGAUCCCAACCCUCGAUCUAAUGGGUACGGGAAGUGAUUACACGGUCUUCUUCGAUCAUCUCGGCAUUCCAUCCGUUGACCUGCUCUUCAAUCGGCAGGGAAAGGGUGUUUAUCCUUAUCAUACCAACUACGAUAGUCACUACUGGGUCGAAAACUUUGGCGAUAUCGGCUUCAAGAAGCACCUUGCGAUGGCUCAACUCUGGGGGUUAUUGACGGUUCGCCUUGCUGGUUUGGGUAAUAUUGCGUUCGAGGCAGCGGAGUAUCCGAGGACCCUCGCUCAUCACUUGGAGAAGCUCAAGGCCAAAUAUGAUAACGUCCUCAGCUUUCAUGCUCUGAGCAACGCAGUCACGCAUUUCAAAGACGCCGCGUCUCGAUUAGACGCGAUAUCGCCACUCAGAGUCGCUCCAGGAAACAUGCAAGUUGACAAUGAAGUCAACAAGGCCUAUCUCUAUCUUGAGCGGCAGUUUCUUUUGCCAAAAGGGGCUGGGUUGACUGGGCGGGAGUGGUAUCGACAUGCUAUCUUUGCACCAGGACUGUGGUAUGGCUAUGACGGAGUCAUCUUUCCCGGAGUUGUGGAAUGCUUGGAAGAUGGUAACGACGAGGGUGCUGCUGAGUGGCUAGAAAAGAUAAUCGCUGCCAUCCAGAGAGCCACAUACAGCUUGCUAUAA